AUUUCAGCAGAUAUAACUACCUGAGUCUGGACUCUGCCAAAGUUAAUGGUGUGGAUGAUGCAGCAAAUUUCAGAACCGUUAGGAAUGCCAUGCAGAUUGUGGGCUUUAUGGAUCAUGAAGCCGAGUCUGUCUUGGAGGUGGUGGCAGCGGUGCUGAAACUGGGGAACAUCGAGUUCAAACCUGAAUCUCGAGUGAAUGGUUUAGAUGAAAGCAAGAUCAAAGAUAAAAAUGAGUUAAAAGAAAUUUGUGAGUUGACUGGUAUUGAUCAGUCAGUUCUAGAACGAGCAUUCAGUUUCCGAACAGUUGAGGCCAAGCAGGAGAAAGUUUCAACUACACUGAAUGUGGCGCAGGCUUAUUAUGCCCGUGAUGCUCUGGCUAAAAACCUCUACAGCAGGUUGUUUUCAUGGUUGGUAAAUCGAAUCAAUGAAAGCAUUAAGGCUCAAACAAAAGUGAGAAAGAAGGUCAUGGGUGUUUUGGACAUUUAUGGCUUUGAAAUUUUUGAGAAUGCAGACAACAGCUUUGAGCAGUUCAUUAUUAAUUAUUGUAAUGAAAAACUGCAACAAAUCUUCAUUGAACUUACUCUUAAAGAAGAGCAGGAAGAGUAUAUACGGGAGGAUAUAGAAUGGACUCACAUUGACUACUUCAAUAAUGCUAUCAUUUGUGACCUAAUAGAAAAUAACACAAAUGGAAUCCUGGCCAUGCUGGAUGAAGAGUGCCUGAGACCUGGCACAGUCACCGACGAGACCUUCCUAGAAAAGCUGAACCAAGUCUGCGCCACCCACCAGCACUUUGAGAGCAGGAUGAGCAAGUGCUCACGGUUCCUCAACGACACGUCACUGCCCCACAGCUGCUUCAGAAUUCAGCAUUAUGCUGGCAAGGUGCUGUACCAGGUGGAAGGAUUUGUUGACAAAAACAACGAUCUUCUCUAUCGAGACCUGUCUCAAGCCAUGUGGAAGGCCAGCCACGUGCUCAUCAAGUCUCUGUUCCCUGAAGGGAAUCCCGCCAAGAUCAACCUGAAAAGGCCUCCCACGGCGGGCUCACAGUUCAAGGCAUCUGUGGCCACCCUGAUGAAAAACCUACAGACCAAGAACCCAAACUAUAUUAGAUGUAUCAAACCAAAUGAUAAAAAAGCAGCACACAUCUUCAACGAGGCGCUCGUCUGUCAUCAGAUCAGGUACCUGGGUCUUCUGGAGAAUGUCCGUGUGCGGAGGGCCGGCUACGCCUUCAGACAGGCCUAUGAACCCUGCCUGGAAAGAUACAAGAUGCUUUGUAAACAAACAUGGCCUCAUUGGAAAGGACCAGCGAGGUCUGGUGUGGAGGUUCUGUUUAAUGAAUUAGAGAUUCCUGUGGAAGAAUACUCCUUUGGUAGAUCAAAGAUAUUCAUCCGAAACCCAAGAACAUUAUUCAAAUUAGAAGACUUGAGGAAGCAACGGCUCGAGGACUUGGCCACCCUCAUUCAGAAGAUUUAUCGGGGGUGGAAGUGCCGCACACACUUCCUGCUAAUGAAGAAAAGCCAAGUCGUGAUUGCUGCCUGGUACAGGAGAUACGCGCAACAAAAGAGGUAUCAGCAGAUAAAGAGUUCUGCCUUGGUAAUUCAGUCUUACAUCCGGGGCUGGAAGGCUCGAAAAAUCCUGCGGGAACUGAAGCACCAAAAGCGCUGUCAGGAAGCAGUCACAACGAUUGCAGCAUAUUGGCAUGGGACACAGGCUCGAAGGGAAUUGAAACGCUUGAAGGAGGAGGCUAGGCGUAAGCAUGCAGUUGCUGUCAUUUGGGCUUACUGGCUUGGACUGAAGGUACGUAGGGAAUACAGGAAGUUCUUCAGAGCCAAUGCUGGAAAGAAAAUCUAUGAGUUUACACUUCAGAGGAUUGUGCAAAAAUACUUGUUGGAAAUGAAAAGUAAGAUGCCUUCCUUAUCUCCAAUAGAUAAGAAUUGGCCUUCAAGACCUUACCUAUUCUUGGAUUCUACUCACAAGGAGCUAAAAAGGAUUUUCCACUUGUGGAGGUGUAAAAAAUAUAGGGACCAGUUCACAGACCAGCGGAAACUUAUUUAUGAAGAGAAACUGGAAGCUAGUGAACUCUUCAAAGACAAGAAGGCUCUAUACCCAUCCAGUGUUGGGCAGCCAUUCCAAGGGGCUUACUUGGAAAUCAACAAAAAUCCCAAGUAUAAGAAACUCAAAGAUGCCAUUGAAGAAAAGAUCAUUAUUGCUGAAGCCGUGAACAAAAUUAAUCGUGCUAAUGGGAAGAGUACAUCCCGGAUUUUUCUCUUAACAAAUAAUAAUCUCCUUCUUGCUGAUCAAAAGUCUGGACAAAUCAAGUCAGAGGUUCCCCUUGUGGAUGUGACCAAGGUAUCAAUGAGCUCACAAAAUGAUGGCUUCUUCGCUGUCCACCUGAAAGAGGGCUCAGAAGCAGCUAGUAAAGGAGACUUUCUCUUCAGCAGUGAUCACCUGAUUGAAAUGGCCACCAAGCUGUAUCGCACGACUCUCAGCCAAACCAAACAGAAGCUCAACAUUGAAAUUUCCGAUGAGUUCCUGGUGCAGUUCAGACAGGACAAAGUAUGUGUGAAGUUUAUUCAGGGCAACCAGAAAAAUGGCAGUGUCCCAACGUGCAAACGAAAAAACAACCGUCUCCUUGAAGUUGCUGUUCCUUAACUGGCACCUCCUUUGCCUUCAUGGACUUGUUUCUUUGUGAUAGUGCAAUUUGGUUUUAUUUUGUUGGGGUUCAUGUAUGUUUGGGAAUUGCCAAAGGCUGUUAGAGUCCCUUGGCAAAAUAAAAAUAUUUGACUAAUCAAUUUUUAUUAUUGGAAUAGUUUUAAUCCUUCAAGUACACAUUCUGUCCUGGGGCAGGAUUAUAGAAACUAACAGUGUCUGUUUCCAUGUUAUAUGUGUUCUUUGUGUAGUCAUCAUGUUAGAUCUGUGUACCCUAAAUCAACAUAUUACUCAUAAAUCAUUAAUACAUAUCACUGUAGGAAAUGGUCUUAAAAGAUAGUGCAUUCAUCAAAUAUUUAUUCGAUGUCUGCCUGUGCUAGGCACUGUGCUAGAUAGUAUAAAACUUACUAGGAACCUUUUUAUUUUUAAGGCCAUUGCAUUCUGGCUUGUUUGUGCUGGUUUAGCUAAGAAGGUUUGAAAAUAUUGAGACCAAAACAAUAACUGUUAAUAAUGGACAACAUUAUUAGAAACCCUGUAGUUUGAUCUUUAACAAUACAUGCUUCAGGGAGGGCUGGUCCUAAGAGGAAGUAGAAAUGUGUGACUGGGUAAAAUCCCUCUGCAUGUGGUUUCUAUUUGAAAAGAAGAAAACUGACAUUUGAACAGGACUUUGAAUUUGUUCAGAUCUCCUAUAAUUGUUUCUAACAGUAGAAAACAAAAGUCAUUCUUAUUUUAGAAAAAAGUGACAGAAGCAGUCCAGUAAGAUUAUGUUUCUGGUAUACAUCAUGUAUGAUCCUAGAUAUGCUAAUAUCUGCAGAGUGUUGUUUUCACCCAAAUUUGAGUAGGUAUUUUAAACAGCUUAACAUUCUUUUAAGCCAAAUAUAAAAGACAGUGAAGGGCUGAAAGCUUUUCAGAUAGUGGCGAACGUUUUGUAUGAUGUGCAAUAAAACAUCCAAGGUCUUUUUUGAAAGUUUUAUUUAUAAUAUACAUUUUUGUAUGAGAGGUGAUUGGUACAGGGUGCAUAUUUUAGUCAAGGAUCAAAAUUAAGUUUGUGUUAAUUGGCAGGACUUUUUUUUUUUUUCCUUCCAAUUUACAAUAAAGAUUCACUUUGGAAACUGCAUUUUAAACUUUGGAAUCAAAUUGUUUCUUAUUUGGGAGGACAAUGUAUAUACAUUGGUUAUUAUGUUAAAUAAUAAAAUUGUUCUAAUUUGGUGCCAUUUGCUGGAUCACACUGUAUUUUUGUAUUCAAGCUAUUUUCAUAUGUUGUGUGUCAAUGUAUUGUUGCACAGAAAGGUUUUACAGCCUAAACAUUAUAUGCUCUCUGUGUAAUUGAAUUUCAUUUACCUUUUAUAAACAAGAAACAUUCAGUGAAAAUA